AACUUUGUUUCUUGAGACAGAGUCUCGCUGUCAUCCAGGCUGGAGUGCAGUGGUGCAAUCUCAACUCACUACAACUUCUGCCUCCUAGGUUCAAGUGAUUCUCCUGCCUCAGCCUACCAAGUAGCUGGGAUUACAGGUGCGUGCCACCAUGCCCAGCUAAUUUUUGUAUUUUUGGAGAGAUGGGGUUUCUCCAAGUUGGCAUGGCUGGUCUCAAACUCCUGACCUCAAGUGAUCCACCCGCCUCGGCUUCCCAAAGUGCUGGGAUUACAGGCGUGAGCCACCAUGCCCGGCCCCCAAAACUUUUUAUUCUAAGUUAUCAGAUUUUAUUGGUAUAAAUUUGUUUAUAAUAUUAUUUUUUUAUGGUUUUAAUUAGAAUUUUUCAAUCUCAGCACUAUCGACAUUGGAGGCCAGCAAAUAGCUGUGGGGGACUGUCCUGUACAUUGCAGAAUAUUCAGCUGUUUCCCUGACCUCUGCCUUCUGACAGCAGACUCUCCAACUGUGACAACCAAAAAUGUCUCUGGACAUUGCCAAAUGUUCCCUGGGGGCAAAAAACCCUCUGGUUGAGACCCAUGUUUUAAUGUCUGUAGAAUCUUUAGUGUUCUUUCAUUCCAGAUACUAGUAAUUUGUCUAUUUUUAAAAUGAGUUUUUCUAGAGUUUUGCAGGCUGUACAAAAGAAGACUAUGCACUGGACUUGGCCUGUAGACCACAGUUUGCUGAUCCUGACUUAGAUCACUGAUUUUUUUUCUUCUUGUCUAAUAAAAGCAUGAAAAAACUACAAAUUUCCCUCUGAGAAUACUUCGGUUGUAUUUCAUAAACUUUGAAAUGUUGUAUUGAUAGUUAUUAGCCAGUUAAUGGUUAUGGAGAGUGUUUAUGAAGGUAACAUGAGCUUGACUGUUAUUCCAACAAAAGAGCUUACAAAUAGACUUUUGGUUCUGUGAGAGAUGAGUAAUGAAGAAUAAGUACUUUCCCAACUAGUUGAUAAAUUAACAUAAACAUCCAUAAUCUGGCAACAAUAUUCUUUUGGCUCCUAUCCCUAAAAAAAGCCAGUCUGCAACAUCCAAAACAUUUACCAAGACGAAGAAAUUGCAAUGAUUUUCUUGUUACGUUAUGGAGUAUUAAUUUGCUGCCACCUGCUGGGAGGCAGAAAUGGGUUUCCAGCAUUGCUAGCUACAAUUUGUCCUCAACUAUUUAUUUUGAAAUUUUCAAAUCUAUAGACGAAUUAAAAGAACAUUCAUAUACUAUUCACCUGAAACUACAAACCGUUUUUGUUGUUGUUGUUGUUUUGUUGAGACUGGAGUCUCUGUCGCCAGGCUGGAGUGCAGUGGUGCAAUCUCGACUCACUGCAACCUCUGCCUCCCGGGUUCAAGCGAUUCUCCUGCCUCAGCCUCCGGAGUAGCUAGGACUUACAGGCACGGGCCACCACACCCAGCUCAUUUUUGUAUUUUUAGUAGACAUAGGGUUUCACCACGUUGGCCAGGAUGGUUUCAAUCUCUUGACCUCGUGAUCCACCCGCCUCGGCGUCCCAAAGUGCUGGGAUUACAGGCGUGAACCACUGCGCCCGGCCCAGGUUCACAUUUUUUAAAUCCUUUAGGCUAUCUAGUGACAGCUGUCUUUAAUGUAGAUCGGUCCUCCUGCCUUUUUUUUCUUGUCUUCCUUAUUAACCUUAUUGCAAAGUCCAAACAAAUCACAUUCAGAAUUUAUCUGAGUGUUUCCUCACAAUCAGAUUCAGGUUAAACAUUUUUGGCAAGAGCGCUACAAAGGUGUAUUUCCCAUAGCCUCAUAAUGACAGGUUCAUAUUUUCGCCAGUAUUGGUGAUGCUAGCAAUUUUUUUCCCAUGAAGCAUCUAUUAACAUUUUGCAAGAGACUAAUGUUCCAUGGAAAUGUGUUCCCUAAGCUGUACUGUUUAGAAAACUUCUGAAUAAAAAAGUGACAUGCAUGAAAGUGUUUUAGAGUUUAUAGAAUGAAAACCAGGUAAGGAUUAACUCAAUUUUAAAACUAACAAACUUCUUCACUUCUAAGGUAGCACAAACUGAGCUUUCAUGAAACGUAACCCUUACCAAAACAAUUGUUCAGAUGAGCAACGCCAAGUUUAAAGAAACGAAGUAAACCGUCUCAAGAACUCUCAUUCUGUUUGUGUUCAAUAGGCUGAGAUUUGAAAGGUCUGAUUCUAUGUUCUUUCCACUAGAUCCUGGGCUUCAUUUAGACUUGUGCUUAAUUUUCUGUCAUUGGCUAUUGAGUCUACAAUCACUCUUUGGAGUAAAAGUGGUAGUCUUUUGGUCCAAAUAGUAAUAAUGAAAAUGGUGAGACCAGUAAUUCAUUUUUUAUUAUUCUGUAUUCAGUAAGAAUCAACCUGUAUCAAAUAACUGAAAAGGCCUGAAGCCUCCCAAAUGCAUAUCAUUACACAAAUUCUGUGUGAGGACUGACAUCUUGGUUUCAUAUACUAAUUAUACUCCAUGGCCCCCAUUUAUAACCAUAUCUACUCGUCAUAAUUUGAUCCUGGCUACUGCCGAUGGAUGCUAUCUUUAUCACAUUAUAGCAAACAUUUGGGUGAUUAAGUUUUUCUCAAAAAUUCUAGAUUAGCAUACAACGGCUUUACUACUUAUACGUCAUCUAAGACGUUUUUAAAAAAUUAGUUACCACUCCGCCCACGCAGUGAGGUAGCAAACAUUAUGCCUGUUUAUUUUCAUCUCCAUUUCAGGCUUGCGCGCCUUUCCCCCCUCGGGACUUCCCAAAGACAUCCCUGCAGCAGUGAGCCCGAGUCCUGGCUUUGGGUGCAUGUUAAGAAACAUUAAUCAAAAUGAAUUGGGUGCCUUUUAAGAGAAAAAAAUUGUGGGUCCUUCAGCCUUUAAAAACCAUGCCAUGGUUUAAAAACUUAAAACUAUAUUUCGGCCGAACGCUGAGCAUUUCUUCAAAUCACUUUGAGAAGCUUGAGUGUCUUUAAUUUCACCGGUCUGUCAAACGUAACGCGUCUCUCCCUCACCCCACAUUUUAAGUUUCCAAGGAGCGGAAGAAGGGCCUCCGUGGGUCCCGGCCGCCGCAGGCUGCCGGGGGUGAGGGCAGGACUCGGCCUCCGUCCGACUCGAGGGUGUCGCGAAGGCCAGGAAGAAACGAAAGUUACCCUCGAACUUCGGAGGCGAAAGAUUCCAUGUGGACCUUAAAAAGGUCAAAACCUAGCCCAAAGGCCGUAAACCGCCCUCCGCUCCCCUUCCCCGCCAGAGAACUUCCCAGCGCAGAGCUUUCGCAGCCUGCCGCAGGCCAGGAGACCUUCACGCUCACUCCCUCUCCGCCACACGCCGGAACUGCGCGGCCACGUCCACAGGGACCUUCGCCACGCACUGCGCCGCCACCCGGCCCCAGGAGAGCCCCGGGCCCCACACGCCCACAGUCGGCGCUGCGCCUGCGUGGGAGGAUCCGGCGGAAGGGGCGGGGUCAGGUGGCACUUCCGUGACUUCGGGCGGAAUAUUAAGAAGCUAAAAUUAAUUUCAUGUUCGUCGGCCUUGAAGUACCAUUUAGAGGUAUACCUUGGAGCAAUAAUUUAUUCCAUCAUGCCACAAGGUGCUUGAAAAUCAACCAAAAUUUACAAAUACUCAUAAACCCAAACUGGGGAGGUCACAAAUCACAUUGAGCCAAAACGCAUCCAGUGUUUUCUUCAGUUACAAAUAAAACGAAUAUGUCCAUGCUGCUACCACAUCCUCACCAGCACUUCCUAAAAGGCCUUUUAAGAGCACCUUUCCGAUGUUACCACUUCAUCUUUCACUCAAGUACACAUCUCGGAUCAGGAAUCCCAUGUGCUCAGCCAUUUAAUUCUCUUGGACUCCAUUGUACAAAGUGGAUGCUGCUGUCAGAUGGUUUAAAGAGAAAAUUAUGUGUACAAACAACCUUAAAGGACCACACAGAAGGACUUUCUGAUAAAGAGCAAAGAUUUGUGGAUAAACUUUAUACUGGUUUAAUCCAAGGGCAAAGGGCCUGUUUAGCAGAGGCCAUAACUCUUGUAGAAUCAACUCACAGCAGGAAAAAGGAGUUAGCCCAGGUGCUUCUUCAGAAAGUAUUACUUUACCACAGAGAACAAGAACAAUCAAAUAAAGGAAAACCACUAGCAUUUCGAGUAGGAUUGUCUGGGCCCCCUGGUGCUGGAAAAUCAACAUUUAUAGAAUAUUUUGGAAAAAUGCUUACUGAGAGAGGGCACAAAUUAUCUGUGCUAGCUGUGGACCCUUCUUCUUGUACUAGUGGUGGAUCACUCUUAGGUGAUAAAACCCGAAUGACUGAGUUAUCAAGAGAUAUGAAUGCAUACAUCAGGCCAUCUCCUACUAGAGGAACUUUAGGAGGCGUGACAAGGACCACAAAUGAAGCUAUUCUGUUGUGUGAAGGAGCGGGAUAUGACAUAAUUCUUAUUGAAACCGUUGGUGUGGGUCAGUCGGAGUUUGCUGUUGCUGACAUGGUUGACAUGUUUGUUUUACUACUGCCACCAGCAGGAGGAGAUGAGUUGCAGGGUAUCAAAAGGGGUAUAAUCGAGAUGGCAGAUCUGGUAGCUGUAACUAAAUCUGAUGGAGACUUGAUUGUGCCAGCUCGAAGGAUACAAGCGGAGUAUGUGAGUGCACUGAAAUUACUCCGCAAACGUUCACAAGUCUGGAAACCAAAGGUAAUUCGUAUUUCUGCCAGAAGUGGAGAGGGGAUCUCUGAAAUGUGGGAUAAAAUGAAAGAUUUCCAGGACCUGAUGCUUGCCAGUGGGGAGCUGACUGCCAAACGACGGAAGCAACAGAAAGUUUGGAUGUGGAAUCUCAUUCAGGAAAGUGUGUUAGAGCAUUUCAGGACCCACCCCACAGUCCGGGAACAGAUUCCACUACUGGAACAAAAGGUUCUCACUGGGGCCCUGUCCCCAGGACUAGCAGCAGACUUCUUGUUAAAAGCUUUUAAAAGCAGAGACUAAUAAAAUUCAUCCUGUAUAAUAAUUUUACAUAUCAUUUCAUAAAGUAUUUUAAUAGAAAAAUCACUUCUAUGCUUAUAUUUUCAGUAAUUAUUGUAUGGUACUCUUGUCUUCUUUGUUUGUGAGCCAUGCUUGAAAACUUGAAGGAAGUUAGACAUGAAUGGCAAAAGUUAGGCAGUAUUUAUAAGGUACCUGUUGUAUGUUACUGAUUUCUGUUUCCUUCUCUUCUUAUACCCUGGCAUGGUGGCCUGUAGGGUAGUUUCUUCUUAUUAGUCAAGGACAGAGAAAGCUGAGGGGAGCAGAAAAUAUCUUGCACUUUAAAAUGCUUACUUUGAUUCCAUAUUAUCUGGAUUUCCAGAGAGGAUGUAAACAAGAGUGACCAUAUUUUUGGAGUCCUUCUUGAAGCCAGAACAACACACAGUGGGUUGCUGAGAGCCGACAAUCAUAAUUGACAUUUAAUGUACCAGAUUAUUCUAAGAAUUUCUGAAAUUACCAUGUACAUGAGUAAUGAAACAACCGGAAUAAUGUGAUGAUGUGACCACAAUUUUGAAGUCUGCUUGUCUGGAUUUGCAGGUACCCUUCCCCCACCCCCCAACAUGAUAGGUAAGAGAGCAAAAAGGGAACUGGGAAAAUCAGCUACAAAUAAAAUGGGUGACUAAUCCCCAAUGCUUGGACCCAUUGUAUUUGUAGCCGAUUGGAGUAAACCCCUAAAAGACAAAGUGAGGUCAGAAUGAUUCAAGGAUUAUUCAGUUUGAAGACUACCAAAGGCUUUUGCUUCUCUUCUUCCUUGGCCAUUUCACUUCAUUUUAGUAUUUUAAAAAUCUUUUUUCUUGAUGGUGAACAAGUUUUGUCCUAUGCUAUGGAGGAAGCAUAGCACAUUGAUUAAGAGCUUGGGCUCUGUAGUUGGACUAUGUGGGUUUAAACUUUAAACCCAGAUCAAUCAUAUAUUAGCUAUAUGAGCUAAUCUCUUUAAGCUUCCAUUUCCUCCCUGGUAAAAUGAAAUUGGCAAAUAACUUUCUAAGGUUAGUGAAGAUUAAAUGAAAUAACAUAGAAUUAUUUAACUGUCAUGAUGGUGUAUAGGAAAUACUCAAAGGCUGCUUACUAUCUUUAUUACGUUAAAGUUAUGGGUAUCUGAAACUACAAACCUGAUGUAUAAUUUCAGUUUUCUCUCAUGGUCUUGUUACUACCAUCAUACUCUUGAUAUUUUAGGAUAUUUUAGGAUUAUCUUUGAAGAACCCUUUCUAGUUAAUUCUUUGAAUAUAUUUUAUACUUAUUUGAUGGCAGCUGUAACUAUGUACAUUUGAAUAAAAUUUCUAACCAUAAAAUUUCUCCAUUGCACAAAAAGCCUUUAUAGAAGUUUCUAACAUAUUCUAUUCUGAACCCUGUAGAAUAUUUUAUGUAGUAUAGCAGCUUGCAUUGUUACUUACUGUACUGGUUCCUAUGUGGAAUCAAACCUCUUGAGCAUUAUUUUAACAAACAUCCCUUUACAUUUUUUGGAAAGAUUUUUAGUACUCCAUUGGCAUAGCUAUUUCUUACAAGGAUUAGGAGAAACUUUGAAAGGUUAUCCAUUUGACUUUUCUGAUUUUAGAAAGGACUACCAUUAAACCACCCUCUCAGACAAAAAAACUGGUUUUUAGAAACCUGAGAGAAGGAAUUUUAUAAUUUCCCUGAGUAAGCUGUUACAGGGAAUAACAAAUCUCCUGCCACAUGUGGCACAGUAUAAGUAAUGCUGGAGCACACAUACUGCAUUGUAAAGAAGGUAGGAAAGGUGGGGGGACUUUUGUUGGCUUUAAUUUUAAGGCUCAAAGCAUUUCUUCUUAGUUUGAACUACUUUUAAAUGUUAUAAAUGUCAUCAUAAAAAUCAUUGGAAAACUCACUUCUCGUUAUGUUGUCAUUGUACCAUUGGGUAUUGUAUAGAGACCAAUUUCUAAGAGAUUUUUCACCUCUGUUUCUGUUAUUUGCUAUACUGGAGGUAAUAUAAUAAUAAUGAAAUAUAGCCUUUUUUUUCAACUCAGAAAUCCUAUUCCCUCUCCCCAUCUGUGAUUAUAUAGUACCAGACUUCUGACUUGGUCAAAAGCAUAGGUUUUGACUUAGAUACAUGUGGGGGCAGAUCUCAGCUCUAUCACUAACUAGCUAUAUGAUAUUUGGCAAGUUUUUUCUCUAUGUGCAGUAGUUUCUUUAUCUGUAAAAUUAAGAUAAUAGCUACUUUACAGGGUUGGAAGAAUUAAUUUAGAAGUUGUACAGUGCUUAGCCUCAAUAAUUGGUAGGUGGUGGUGUAAAUAUUUUACACAGAUAUUUGUGACAGUUCUUUGUUCUACAAAACAGACUAAUAUUAAUUUCAGAUUGGCCAAGCUACUUAAUUUCUCUGUGCCUCAGUUUCCUCACUAUUAAAUGGGGAUGACAAUAGUGUCCACCCAGAGCAGGACUAUUUUAGUAUUACAUCUAAUCCUUGGAUAUAAAUGCUGAUGAAGUUUGGAUAUUUGUCCCCACCCAAAUCUCAUGUUGAAAUGUAAUCCCCAAUCUUGGAGGUGGAGCCUGGUGGGAGGUGAAUGGAUUAGAUCAGAUCUCUCAUGAAUGACUUGGGCCAUCCUUUGGGUGGUAAGUGAGCUCUUGCUCUGAGUUCACACGAGAUCUAGAUCUGUUCAUUUAAAAGUGUGUGGCACCUCCCCAUCCCCCACUCUAUCACUUGCUCCUACUUUCAUCAUAUGACAUGCCUGCUCCCCUUUCACCUUCUGCCAUGAUUGUAAGCUUCCUGAGGCCUCCCUAGAAGCUGAGCAGAUGCCAGCACCAUGCUUCCUGUAGUCUGUAGAACCAUAAGCCAAUUAAACAUCUUUUCUUUAUAAAUUUAUAAAUUACCCAGUCACAGGUAUUUAUAGAAAGAACAGCCUAAUACAAGUGCUAAAUACAUAUCUGACAAUAAAUGGUAGUUAUCUCUUAGAACUGUUAUGAGGAUUAAACGAGUUAGUGCCCAUCUUAAAAAGAUAAUUCUGAAAAAAAUCUCAUAGGUUCACUUUGCCUUGUCAAGAAUAUGAUUACCAUUAACUUCUGUAGAUAGGAAAAAAAUGUGCUGAGCUCCAAAACUGACAGACAUUUUGCUAUAACAAUAUCAAAUCUCAUUAAAAUGAUGACAGUUAUUUCAAUAGUUGACAUUAGCUAUCCCAAUACAACCUAACAAGGCAUUUUCUCUUCAGAAUCACUUGAUCAUAUGGCCAUUUCCCUAAGCUUUUAUAGCCAUUGCCCACUGUACACUGAAGACAACAGCUAACGAACAACAUAUGUAUGAUAAUUUAUGUAGUUGAACCUCUAAUGCAAAAAAAAAAACCCAGGAAAAAUUAGUGAAAAUCAUUCAAACAUUGUGCUCACCAGGUAGACUGCCAUCAUAGAAGUCAUAAUGCUACUGCUAAAAACUAGUAAACUACCAGUAAACUGUGAAGACAGAAGUAACUCCUGUGAUCUGUAUGUUUGUGCAGAUGGUGGAGCUUUGCUGCUCCUAAAGUCUGAGAAAUGCAAAUGUGGCUUCGUUAAUGCAAAUGCUUCCUACGCCAGACUUUAUGAAACUCCUCCUGAAGUUGAAUUCCUAUCCAAGUGGACAUAUGUUAGGGUGCCACUGUAAUUCAGGUAGAGUGUCAGAGUGGUGGCUGGCACCAACAGUAGAUGUUCUCAACAUUAGCAUUAUUCAGGUAAGACUACAACAAUGAUGAACAUGUCAAAACUUUCCUUUAAAAGGAACAAUCAGAAAAACUCUUUAACAAAUGUUUUUCUUUCCGUAGUAUUUUAAUUAAAAUUUUCUAAAUUUUAAAAUUUACUAAAUUUAUGAAUGUUUUUAUCCCACUUGAGAUGAAUACUUAGUGAUAGUCCCUGUCCCAUGAAGCUUCUGUGGAUUUGCUUUGUCAUUUGUGGUAUGUUUGAUAACAAAAAUAUUAGUGGCACAAAAGCAGUUAUAUUGAAUGCUUUUGUUUUAGAGAAAAUUUCACUCUGUACUAGAAAAUGUAGAUGAUGUGAGUCAAAGUUCAUUAAUAUUUACCUGAAAAUUUGUGUAUAAAGGUAACCUUGGGGCAGUUUAUUUUGCUUAGCCCCCCUCAGCUUCUUGAUAGAAUGAGGUGAGGGCAUAUGUACGUCAGUAAACUAUUCUAUUAGUAAGGUCAAAGGCUUACUUGAGAUGUGGAUAGAAUUCUUUUUUUUCUUUUUUCAAUUUUUACAAUAAUUUUUGACACAUUGAAGCUGUACAUGUUUAUGGGGGCACAAUUUGAUGUUUCAAUACAUGUAUGUGUUAUGUAAUGAUCAAAUCGGAGUACUUAGCAUAUCUAUCAUCUCAUGCAUUUAUCAUUUCUUUGUGGUGAGAACAUUUAAAAAUCUUAUUUUCUAGCUAUUUUGUAACAUACACUACCUUACUGUUGUGAACCAUAGUCACCCUACUGUGCAAUAGAACACCAGAACUUAUUCCUCCUAUCUAGUUGUAACUUUGUACCCAUUGACCCCCCUUCCCUUCCUUCUGCUCUUCCCUCCCCAGUCUCUGGUAACCACUGUUCUGCUCCCUAUGAGAUAAAACUUUUUUUAUCUUC